CUAUUUCUUCCACUUUCGAUCUUAAAAAUCCGGUACACAAUGGUUCCCAACUUAUACGAAAAGAUCACAGUUCUUGCCUGCGAAGGCCGCCCAUGGAGCUGCAGCAGUGCCCAUGGAUUCGCUCCUCUUGUCGCGGCGGCGCUAGCAAUUUUCUGUUGUGCAUGGUGGUGCUGGGGUAAGAGUUUCGCCAAAAUAAACCCUCCUCUGCCACCUGGUCCUCGAGGCUUGCCCAUAUUAGGAAACCUUCCUUUCAUCAAACCUGAUUUACAUCAUUACUUCACCGAGUUGUCUGAAAUCUAUGGUCCCAUCUUCAACCUUCAGCUCGGGACAAAGAUUUGUGUUGUCAUAAGUUCACCAUCCCUUGCGAAAGUGAUCCUCAAAGACGAGGACGCUAUCUUCGCCAACCGUGAUUUACCAGCGGCCGCCAUAGAGGGCACUUUCGGUGGCCUCGACAUCGCCUGGAGACCAAACGGUCCCGAAUUCAACCGGCUGCGUAAGCUUGUUAUUCGUGAAAUUAUGAGCAAAAGAAGCCUCGACUCUUGCUACGAGCUUCGUCGACGAGAGAUUAGACAAAUGGUGAAGGAUAUUCACCGGAAAAUCGGUUCGCCGGUUAAUCUUGGUGAACAAAUAGCGCUAACUACCGUCAAAGUGAUGAUAAGCACGCUAUGGGGUGGUACAUCAGAAGGAAACACUGAUUUGAUUGAGUUAAAGAAGCGAUUAGAUGAAUUUGUAAGACUAUUUCUAGCACCAAACAUUUCUGAUAUUUUCCCAGUUAUUGCUCCGUUUGAUUUACAAGGAAUUGUAUCCAAAUCGAAGAAGCAUCUGUCGUGGUUUUAUGGGAUAUUCGAAUCAGUGAUUAUGAACCGACUGAAGCUCCAAGACAAUAGAAAGAAGAAUGAUGAUAAAAUUAAUAGAGAUUUUCUGCAGCAGAUGUUGGAGCUGAACCAACGAGGAGAUGGUAACAGCUCUCUAUCCAAUAACGAAAUAAAGGCUCUACUUCUGGAUAUGAUGGUCGGGGGUACAGAUACAAUACCCACUACUGUAGAGUGGGCAAUGACCGAAUUACUACGACAUCCAGACAUAAUGAUGAAACUCGUCGAGGAAUUAGAUACGGUGGUCGGAAAGCAAAACAAAUUGGAGGAGACUCAUCUUCCUCGAUUACUAUAUCUGGACGCUGUUGUAAGAGAAACCCUCCGCCUUCAUCCGGUUAUUCCUUUGCUUUUGCCUCACACGCCCAGCCAGACCUCCAUUGUUGCUGGAUAUACCAUCCCUAAACAUUCCAGGGUUUUCAUCAAUGCAUGGGCCAUGCAAAGAGACCCUAGAUUUUGGGAUGAUCCUCUUAGGUUUCAGCCCGAGAGAUUCUUCAGAGGUGAUAUUGAUCAUCGAGGGAAUAACUUUCAGUAUUUACCAUUUGGGUCCGGGAGGAGGAUUUGUGUAGGACUUGCAUUGGCGAAGAAAAUGGCGGCAAUCCUCCUGGGUGCGUUGGUGCAUUCAUUUGAAUGGAAAACGCCAAGUGGAACAAUACCUGAUGUAGAAGAGAAAUUUGGGGUUGUUUUGAAGAAAAGGGAAUCACUUGUUGCCAUACCCUUUGCUCGAUUACCGAAUCCCGAGCAAUACAAAUGAAUGAUUAUUGGAUUU